CCAGCAGCAGCGCUAACCUGCUGACUGGGGAGCCGUCCUGUGUGACUGACAGCUGGGAAGCCUCCGCCCAGAACCGCGCUACAGCCAGGCUGCCUCCCAGCCUCCACCCGCUACCAGGAGCUGCAGGAAUGACCGAUAAUAUCCCCUUACAACCCGUGAGACGGCCGAAAAGACACGACGGUAAACACAGAAAUGGGUGCUGCCCGUGGUCGAGAUGCUGUGGCAUGGGGGACUUCCGUCCCCGCACCGUGUGGCUCGGCCACCCAGAAAAGAGGGAGCAGAGGUACCCAAGGAAUGUCAUUAACAACCAGAAGUACAACUUCUUCACCUUCCUGCCUGCGGUGCUGUUCCAUCAGUUCAAGUACUUCUACAACUUGUACUUUUUGCUUUUAGCGUGCUCUCAAUUUAUCAAUGAGCUACGCUUGGGUGCACUCUACACCUACUGGGUCCCUCUGGGUCUUGUUUUGGCUAUUACCAUCAUUAGAGAGGCGGUUGAAGAAAUAAGAUGCUACCUUCGAGACAAAGAAAUGAACUCUCAGAUUUACAGCAAGCUUUCAACAAGAGGCACGGUGAAGGUGAAAAGCAGCGGCAUUCAAGUUGGAGAUCUUAUAAUUGUGGAAAAGAACCAGCGUGUUCCUGCUGACAUGAUCUUUUUAAGGACCUCUGAAAGAAAUGGAUCCUGUUUCCUGCGAACUGACCAGCUGGAUGGAGAGACGGACUGGAAACUACGCCUCCCAGUGGCCUGCACACAGAGACUGCCAACCGCUGCUGACCUUCUACAAAUCAGAUCAUAUGUGUACGCAGAAGAACCAAACAUCGAUAUCCAUAACUUUAUUGGAACUUUCACCAGGGAAGAUGGAGACCCCCCAGUCAAUGAAAGUCUCAGCAUUGAGAACACCCUGUGGGCCAGCACCGUUGUUGCCUCCGGCACAGUGGUGGGGGUUGUGAUUUACACAGGCAAGGAGCUGCGCAGUGUCAUGAACACCUCCAACCCAAGGCACAAGGUGGGUUUGUUUGACUUGGAAGUGAACUGUUUGACCAAGAUCCUGUUUGGGGCCCUUGUGGUGGUGUCGCUGGUCAUGGUGGCCCUGCAGCACUUUGCCGGCCGUUGGUACCUCCAGAUCGUUCGCUUCCUGCUGCUCUUCUCUAACAUUGUGCCGAUCAGUUUGCGUGUCAACCUGGAUAUGGGGAAGAUGGUUUUCAGUUGGAUGAUUAAGAAAGACUCUAAGAUCCCUGGGACGAUGGUGAGGGCGAGCACCAUACCUGAACAGCUUGGACGCAUCUCCUACCUGCUGACUGACAAAACAGGAACUCUUACUCUGAACGAAAUGGUGUUCAGGCGCCUCCAUCUUGGAACGGUGGCAUAUGGGAUGGACUCAAUGGAUGAAGUACAGAGCCAUGUGUUCAGCGCCUACACACAGCCCAGCCAUGACCUUCCGGCCUCCAGGGCUCCAGCAGCCACCAAGGUCCGCAAGACCAUCAGCAGCAGAGUUCAUGAGGCGGUGAAGGCCAUCGCCCUGGUGCACAACGUGACUCCCGUGUACGAGGCCAACGGUGUGACGGACCAGGCCGAGGCGGAGCAGCACUAUGAAGACACAUGCAGGGUUUACCAGGCCUCCAGCCCAGAUGAGGUGUCGCUAGUGCAGUGGACAGAGAGUGUCGGUCUGACACUGGUAGGAAGAGACCAGUCCUCCAUGCAGCUGCGGACCCCUACUGGACAAAUCCUGAACUUCACCAUCCUGCAGAUAUUCCCCUUCACCUAUGAGAGCAAGAGGAUGGGCAUCAUAGUGCGAGAUGAGUCUACAGGAGAAAUCACAUUCUACAUGAAGGGUGCCGACGUGGUGAUGGCAACUAUAGUCCAGUACAAUGACUGGCUGGAAGAGGAGUGCGGGAACAUGGCGAGGGAAGGCCUGAGGGUCCUUGUGGUCUCAAAGAAGUCCCUGACAGAGGAGCAGUAUCAGGAUUUUGAGGCCCGGUACGUCCAGGCCAAGCUCAGCGUCCAUGACCGCUCACUAAAGGUGGCCACUGUGAUUGAGAGUCUGGAGAUGGAGAUGGAGCUGCUGUGUCUGACUGGGGUGGAGGACCAGCUCCAGACGGAUGUGAGGCCAACCCUGGAGAUCCUCCGCAACGCAGGCAUCAAGGUGUGGAUGCUGACAGGAGACAAGCUUGAAACGGCCACAUGCACCGCUAAGAACGCCCAUCUGAUCACCCGCAACCAGGACAUCCAUAUCUUCAGACCCGUAACAACACGAGGGGAAGCCCACCUGGAGCUCAACGCUUUCAGGAGAAAACACGACUGCGCGCUCGUGAUAUCAGGGGACUCGCUUGAGGUCUGUCUGAAGUACUACGAGUACGAGUUCAUGGAGCUUGCAUGCCAGUGUCCCGCUGUGGUUUGCUGCCGGUGCACCCCAACUCAGAAGGCUCAGAUAGUCCGGCUGCUGCAAGAGCGCACAGGAAAACUCACCUGCGCUGUAGGGGACGGAGGAAACGAUGUCAGCAUGAUCCAGGAAGCCGACUGUGGCGUGGGAGUGGAGGGAAAAGAAGGAAAGCAGGCCUCGCUGGCCGCUGACUUCUCCGUGACUCAGUUCAAACAUUUAGGUCGUCUCCUCAUGGUCCACGGGCGGAACAGCUACAAAAGGUCCGCAGCCCUCAGCCAGUUCGUCAUCCACAGGAGCCUGUGCAUCAGCACCAUGCAGGCGGUCUUCUCCUCUGUUUUCUACUUUGCCUCAGUCCCACUCUACCAAGGAUUCCUGAUUAUUGGCUACUCCACUAUCUACACCAUGUUCCCUGUCUUCUCCCUGGUGUUGGACAAAGAUGUUAAGUCAGAGGUUGCCAUGUUAUACCCAGAAUUAUACAAAGAUCUCUUGAAGGGCCGACCGCUAUCAUUCAAGACAUUUCUAAUAUGGGUCCUAAUAAGUAUCUAUCAAGGGAGCAUCAUCAUGUACGGGGCGUUGCUGCUCUUCGAGUCCGAGUUCGUCCAUAUCGUUGCCAUUUCCUUCACCUCCCUGAUCCUGACGGAGCUGCUGAUGGUGGCCCUCACCAUCCAGACGUGGCACUGGCUCAUGAUAGUGGGCGAGCUCCUGAGCUUGGCCUGCUACGUUGCCUCGCUCGUCUUCCUGCACGAGUUCAUUGACGUCUACUUCAUCACCACGGUGUCGUUCCUGUGGAAGGUGACGGUCAUCACGCUGGUGAGCUGUCUGCCUCUGUACAUCCUCAAGUACCUGCGCAGACGCUUCUCCCCGCCCAGCUACUCCAAGCUGACCACUUAAAGACUGAGAGGAGACGGCUGGGGAAACGGAAAGGCGUCCCCUGACAGCAAGUCAAACAUGGAUUCAUCCCUUUUUUAAUUUGUUCUGAAAAGUACCACAUGGAAAUGCGAAAGACGGACAACUUUGUCAGGGACAGGUUGCUUGCUACACGUGUUUGAUGCAAAGACUAACUGAUGAUUUCUCAAUGUGGAGAUACACCUGCAGUGAAUUGUAGGUUGGUAGUUAGUUAACCCGAGCAUAAAAUGCAUCCUGAACAGAAAUGUAAAUAUGUAAUGUAUAAAAAUGCUGCUGUUUAGCUUAGUGUGUGAUCAAUUAAGGAACAGAAUCAGUUCAGUAAAUUAUGACGAUAUUAGAUCCGGUUUGUUUUAUGUCAAAAAUGAUAUCAAGGGAAGUAACUGGAAAAGUUGGGGGUCUCACCCGGCUCUGUAGACAUAUCAUUUUAGCUGGAAAUACAUUUUCUCUGGUUUCCAGUUCCAUCUGAAAUUAGUCAAAGCGUUUCCAUUGUUGGAAGCUGAAAUUGACGUAGCAUUCUCACUCAGGAUUUGAUUCCCACUCUCCUCAAACUUAUUUUGAAAAUGGAGUUUAAGAACUAUAUAGCGAACAAAAAGAGUAGACUUUGCAUAAAGCACACGUCUGCAAGUUUGUGUACUUGUUUGUGCGUCACGGCCGAUGUUCCAGGCCGACACAGCGGAGGUGGCGUGGUGGUUUAUUUUAGCAUGAACCAUGGUGUCUGGUAUUAAAUCCGUCUUUGUUUCUUGGUCAGACCUAGAGGUUGUUGGUGUUUGUGGAGCGCGGUCAGAACAGCCACAAAAGGACUCUUGGUUUAUUUGCAGUCCAAACCUUCGGCGGGGCUCCCGACGGCCCCUCAUGUGGCUGCUCGGCUGCUCGGCACCAGGCCCCACUUUGCAUUCAGCAUUGCAUGAUGACUCACUCUAACGGUGACCUAAAGCCAUAAGUGAAAAUAACCCUGCGACCCGAGUUCAGCUGCCCCCCCUUUUAUGUGGUCUAAUCCAUUGCUCACUUCAACUAACCCCCACAGUUCAGCUGGGAUAGAAAAAAGGGAUCAGAUCUCCCCUCAGUAAAAAUCCAAUGUGAACAUUGGAUAUGAUACCACAGCUCAUAUUUCAAUUUGCUGGUGGAGAUGCUGUAAAUAAUCACCAACUAACACAAUAACAUGGCUACACUCACUUAUUUCAAGUGACUUGGAAAAAGGAUUUCAAUUGAGUU